AUGGCCCGAAAAGUCCGUAGGACCUUUCUUUACGUGUUAGUCUUAGUCUUCUUCUUGGCUUCUGUCUAUCGCCAUCCCUUUUGCGAUUUCAUCUCCGACGAACUACUCCUUCCAUCCUCCGUCCCACUCAAAGCCCCUCAGACCAACGUAGCCCAUCAAGCUAUCGAUGAAAACCUCACUCACCAGACCACCCCUCACGUCACUGCUGCAGUAUCCUCUGUCCCAACCUCAUCAUCAAUCUCCACCGUCUCAAUCUUAUUGCAGGAUUGGCAAGUCCUCGUUAUUGUGUCGCCGGAGACUCCGGUGACUACUGAUUUCGAUGAAUUUGCUUGUCUUUUCCUAAACAACGAUACAUCUCGGGCGACACCAGCCGGAGAAUUAUCUUUUCCCAACCGGACGCUGUUCAAGUGCGAAUUACCUGUCAGAAUCCGGCGACGAUUGCCUUUGCGCCAGCCGAUUUUGAUUAAAUCAACAGGCACUCCGCCGGAUAGAAAAACCCCGGCACCGGAGUUGCUACGAUGGAACUACGUGGUGUACGACUCUCUUACCACCGAAGACGACGUCGUUCUCUUCGUUAAGGGUCUGAAUAAUCGCCAAGGUAGUGGUCGAGACCCAAAAGAAUUCAAGUGCGUUUUUGGCGAUGACCCAAUUAACGGCGUUAGAACAGCCGUUACAAGCUCAGUGCAAGAAGUGUUCCGGUGCCAACGCCCGGAUUUAACGGCAAUUACUCCUUCUGGCGGGGAGAGAAUCAAAGUCUCAGUCGAACUUUCCGGCGUAAACCUGAUGGUUCCGUCGGUAGCAUACUACACCAUCUCCCCCUCGCGCAAGGUAGCAAACAAAGACGAGAAAGUGAAUUUGUGCGCGUGUACAAUGGUUUUCAACGUGGCCAAGUUCUUGAAAGAAUGGGUUGUGUACCAUUCGAAAAUUGGAAUUGAUAGAUUCAUAUUGUAUGAUAAUGGCAGCGAUGAUGAUUUGAACGAAGUGAUCGAAGAGUUAAUCCAAGAGGGUUAUGACAUGAAGACACUGUUUUGGUUUUGGCCUAAGACACAGGAGGCUGGUUUUUCUCAUUCUGCUAUUUAUGCCAAGGAUUCAUGUAUGUGGAUGGCUUAUAUUGAUGUCGAUGAGUUCAUAUACUCUCCUUCAUGGUACAAAGAUUCCUCACCCCCAUCCAAAUCCUUAUUAAAAUCGUUGUUGCCAAUGCCCAGAAGGUACUCAGAUGAUCAUAAUGAACCAUCAUCAUCAUGGUCGUCAUCUUCUUCUUCUUCUCUGUCUUUGCCAACGUUGAACCCACGGGUUGGGCAAAUAAGGAUUGGGUGUCAUGAAUUCGGGCCAUCGGAUCAGAAGUCUAACCCAAAAGAGGGAGUGAUGCAAGGGUACAAUUGCCGGAGGAAAAUGGAGAACCGGCACAAGUCUAUUGUGUUGUUGGACGCCAUUGAUGACUCGUUGCUCAACCUGAUACACCAUUUCCGAUUAAAGGAAGGUUACAAGACGAGGAAAUUUAACAUUCACAGCAUGGUGGUGAAUCAUUAUAAGUUCCAAGCGUGGCGUGAGUUUAAGGCCAAGUUUAGAAGGCGGGUCUCAGCUUUUGUUGUGGAUUGGACAAGACAAACCAAUCUCAAGUCAAAUGAUAGGACUCCGGGAUUAGGGUAUGUACAGGUUGAACCCCGAGGGUGGCCUCGAAAAUUCUGUGAAGUAUAUGACAAUGGAUUGAAAGAGUUGACACGAAGAUGGUUCGGGGUUGAGUCUCCGUCUGGCUACAGCAUGGUCUGGCAAAGUUGA